CAAACUAAACAAAUAUACCCAACAUUAAUCCCUAAUUCAAUCAAGCCUCCACCCUCGCAAAACCUUGCUGCCGUCGCCUCCCUUGCUGCUGUCUCCUCGUGGUGUCGCCUCCACCCGCUGCUGCAUUCUUCAUCGGCUGCUGCAUUCUUCAUCGGCUGCUGUCGCCUUAAGGUAAAUUUCUGUCGCCCUUCUUGUUGUUGGUAUACGAAGUGCACAGUCUGUUUGCUUUGUGUAUCGCCGAAGCUACCGCACCGCCUCUAACCUCCUUCAUCUUCUCCAUCGGUUUCGUUACUACAGCUCUUCUGGUAAAUUCAGUUUUAUUAUAAUUUGAAGUGUACACAAUGGGGAGAGCAAAAAAAGGACCUAAAUUUGCAGCAAUGAAGAAGAUAAUCACCUCAAAAGCAAUUAAACAUUACAAAGAAGAGGUUUUGAAUCCUAAGAAAAAGGACCUCUCCAAGGACAAGCUCCCCAGAAAUGUGCCACAAGUUUCUUCUGCGCUUUACUUCAAAUACAACACCGCGUUGGGGCCACCCUACAGGGUGUUGGUUGAUACCAACUUUAUCAAUUUCUCCAUUCAAAAUAAAUUGGAUUUGGAGAAGGCGAUGAUGGAUUGUUUGUAUGCAAAAUGUACACCUUGUAUCACAGAUUGUGUGAUGGCAGAACUUGAGAAGUUAGGUCAGAAAUACCGUGUAGCUCUCAGGAUUGCUAAGGAUCCACGCUUUGAGAGACUUCCCUGUAUUCAUAAAGGGACUUAUGCUGAUGACUGCAUUGUUGACAGAGUUACUCAGCAUAAAUGUUAUAUAGUUGCUACAUGUGACCGAGAUUUGAAGCGGAGGAUACGCAAGGUCCCUGGUGUGCCAAUCAUGUACAUUACACAACACAAAUACUCAAUUGAGCGGUUGCCUGAAGCAACAAUGGGUGGAGCUCCAAGAUUUUGAGACAUCAUACAGGAAAAGGAGAUGACGGUUUUGACACCUCUAAUGAGCUGGGCUGUUUUCUUCCAUCAAAAGAUAGUAAUAGAAUUUGGCACCUUUAAAGUUAAGGUGUUGAAGUAAUUAAAUAAUUAAGAUUAUACAUUUAUAAUAAUUUUUUUUUGUUAAUAAUUAAGAUAUUAAAAAUCAUUGGUCGAAAAAAGUAUAAAUUAAUAUUUUAUAUAA